UUUAUAUUAUAGUUUUGUCUUAAAGUUCACAAAAUGAAGUUGGUUGCGGCAGUUAUCCUGCUGUUGAGCUUUAUUGAUGCUGAAGCAAAUCAAUCGCCCGAGUUUGGAAAUUCAAACUCCUUGCCAGAACUUAUUAGAACAUUAAAUGGAAAUAUUCGUGAGAAGAGGCAUAUUUUGAGACCUGUAUUGCCCCAUAGACCAAUUCUUCCUCCAUAUCGUCCGCCAAUAAUUCCGCCACCAUUUUGGCCAAGACCUCCAUUACCAAUAUGGACAACAACUACAACACGUAAACCUAAGACUACAAAGCGAAAAACUACAACGACUAAGCCUAAACCUACAACUGCUAAGCCAAAACCGACCAGGACAACCCCGAAAAAACCAGCAACAACAUCAAAACCGAAACCCACAACGCAUAAGCCGAAACCAACUACCGCAAGACCCAAGCCGACUAUAAAACCAACUCCCAAGAAAACAACAACCACUUCAAGGCCCCCAACUACAACACCUAAACCAAAACCAACUACUUCUAGACCAAAGCCUACCAUUGGAACGACUCCCAAGAAAACAACAACCACAUCAAGGCCUGCAACUACAACGCUUAAGCCAAAACCAACUACUACUGGACCAACUACUAAGCCAAAACCGACCAUAAAAACGACAACCAAGAAACCACCAAUUACUUCAGGACCAAUUACAACAACUACAAAAAAUCCGACAGUUAAACCUAAUCCACCACCAAUUGGACCAACACCAAGUACUGCAAAACCAGCAACAUCAAGCGUUCAACCGGUUUCAACUACUUCCGUAAUACCUAGCUCAACUACACCAUGUCUUACUACUGAAGAUACCCCAGUAACAACUGCAGAAAAUGAAUCUACAGAAAUCUCUACAACAGAAGCGCAGGAUACGGAAACACCGUCAGCAGACGAGCCAAACACUUCUGAGAGUACAACAGAAACAGAAAUAACGAGUGAAGAGCCUACGACUGAGGAAACAACAGAACCUGAAACUACUGAAAGCCAGGAAGUAACUGAAGAUUCAAAAACCACUGGAAAUGAUGAAUCAACGGAAGAGCAAGAAUCAACAACAGCUUCAGAGCCAACGUCAGAAGCAUCUACAUCAGAAAAUGUACCAUCAACCGAAAGUGAAGAGCAGCAACCAACAUCGACCGAAGAACCAGAAACGUCUGAAUCAAUAACAGUGGAAAAUGAACCAUCACCAUCAACGACGGAAAAAUCAACUCCUACUGAAAGCCAAAGCUCAACCACCCAAAAAGUAACCACAGAAGCACAACAACCAUCCACGGAGGACCCAAUAUCUAGUGAAAGUCAGCAAUCCACGGAAACAACACAGACCAAUAGUAGUACACAGCGAUCGACAACAGAGGGCGUUCAACCAACAGGAGUAACAGAAUCAACAACGUCAAAGCCAUCUUCACCUCCCCCAUGUGGUUAUCCAAUCUUCUCAUAUAUUUACAUUACUUUCUGGCCAUUUUGUUGUCAACAAUAAUUGAGAUUAAAAUGAAAACAUAAUCUUGCAGUA